AUGAAACAAAAAAAACAUAAGGUUGAAACCUUGCAAAAUGCAAGCAACCAACUCUUGGAUUUUCAAGAAAAACUGACUGAAGAAAUGAGAAAGGAACCUUUGCUGGAAUCUACAGCUGCUAUAAUAAUUGAUGAAGAUAGCAACGGGAAGAGUGUAAAAGACUAUUAUAAAACUCUGAGUCCUACAAAUAAAGGGCAGAUGAAAAAUCCAUUUCUUUCAGAUGAUGAAGAUCAGACAAGUCAGCAUUUUAAAGAACUGAAGAAGUCGAAAUCACCAUUCUGGAAUAAGGGGAACAUGUUGUCUGAUGAAGAAUCAUUUAUUUCUGCACUUUCAGGUCAGAACGUUGGUGACAUCUAUGCUAAUAAGAUUUCUGAAAAUACAAAAGCAACCAAAAAAAAGAAGAAAUUAAUGGCCAUUGAAAAAUCUAUACUGUGUUAUGGUGCAUCAAAUAUAAUUGAUUUAUCUGCUCACAUGAAGAGUUGGUUUUGUGUUGAUGAUAAGAAGUUUAUUAUGAAAAAUCAUAAGUCUAUGUUGCGAGUUCCUGAACUGGCAGGUGAAGAUAACUUAUUUGUAGGAGUUGAUAUUGGUGAAUGGGAGUUUUCUGUAAGAGCUGUAGUGACCAAGACUAUCAGUGAUAGAUGCCAUUCCACUCAAAUAAAUCAAUCAAUUUUAAAUGGAUUACUAAAAUAUAAUUUCAAUGAUGAACAAGUUAGAGACAUCCAAGUGCCUUUUUUGCAGUUUGGUGGCACAAGUGGACAAUUGUUAAUUGAAGAUCUGGAUAUGUAUAAAAAAAUGUGCAAGACUAUAGAAAAUCUAGAAACAACACAUCAUGAGUUUGAUGAUAUUUUUAGUGAUGAUGACAUAGUUGAUACAGCCAAACCUACUCAUUGUAAAUACAAAUAUAUUCACAAACCAUGGUGGACCCCAAAAGCAAAAAAAUCAUAA